UUAUCACAUGGCAGUAACUCAACUACUUUUUCAAUCCAAAAAAGGACAGAUUUUGGAUAUUGAAUUUGAUAUUGUAAUCUUCUUCUAUACACCCUUCACCAGUAAUCACAUCCAUUUUCAUUACAUGCCCUUAGUAAACACCUCAGCUUCAUAUCAUAAUCAACUUCAGUAUAUCCCUUAAUUAAUCACUAUACAAUCAUUAUCUUUUUAUUUCAUUAAUCUCCUUGAAGUAUAAUCUUAUACUAAUUCUCUUUUAUAUUUUUUUUCUAAAAUACAAAAAAUAUAUCAUAUCUUAAGUGUUCUUUAUUUAAUAAUUCACAAACUCAUCACCCAGAAGAUCAGAGAUCAGUAUAAAGAGCUUUUUUUCAGGUUAUAAAAAGAAUGAUCUAAUUAACUUCUUGAGCAGUAUACAUUUUUUUUUAGAAUUGCUCUUGUCUCCUUUAAAACAAGUAUUACUUUUUUCGGCUGAUAAAAUGGCAAAAAUACUGUUACAUGGAAUGCUUCAUGUGACCAUCUAUGAGGCUACUAAACUCUUUGGAGGAGGUGGUGGAAGCUUUUUCCACAAGGUUGUGGAAGGCAUCGGAACUGUGAUUGGGAAGGGUGCAGGGAGAUUAUAUGCCACAGUCGACAUAGAAGGAGCAAGAGUUGGCCGAACAAGGAUGGUAGAAAAUGAUUCAAACCCGAGAUGGUACGAACAGUUCCACAUCUGUUGUGCUCACAUGGAUUCUCAUGUCACAUUUACUUUGAAAGAGGAUGAAGCCAUUGGAGCAACGCUCCUUGGAAGGGCUUAUCUCCCUGUCACCGACAUCAUAGGAGGAGAAGAAGUCGACGUUUGGCUUGACAUCCUUGACAAUGAUCACAAAAUUAUACAUAGAGGCUCUCAAGUCCAUGUAAAAGUCCAAUUCUUUGAUGUCUCUAGAGAUUUGAAUUGGAAUAGAGGCAUCAAAACACCCAAAUUUCCUGGGGUACCGUACACUUUUUUCUCUCAGAGGUCUGAAUGUAAGGUUACCUUAUACCAAGAUGCCCAUGUUCCCGAAAAUUUUGUUCCUAAGAUCCCUCUUUCCGGAGGGAAAUACUAUGAGCCACAUCGGUGUUGGGAAGAUGUGUUUGAUGCUAUUACCAAUGCAAGACACUUAAUUUACAUAACAGGGUGGUCUGUUUACACCGAAAUUACCUUGAUAAGGGAUACUAGGAGGCCUAAACCGGGUGGGGAUAUGACUUUAGGUGAGCUCCUUAAGAAGAAAGCAAUGGAAGGAGUUAGAGUUUUAAUGCUCGUUUGGGAUGAUAGGACUUCGAUUAAAGGAUUGAAGGAAGAUGGACUAAUGGCCACUCAUGAUGAAGAGACGGCAAAAUAUUUUGAGGGUACCGAAGUUCAUUGUGUGUUAUGCCCUCGGAAUCCUGAUAGUGGGAAGAGUAUCAUUCAAAACAUCGAGAUUGGCACAAGUUUCACUCACCACCAAAAGAUCGUUGUUGUUGAUACUGAACUACCUAGUGGAAGGUCCGAUAAGAGAAGAAUCAUGAGCUUUGUGGGAGGCAUAGAUCUUUGUGAUGGGCGUUACGACACUCAAUUUCACUCCCUCUUUAGAACUCUUGCCACGGCUCACCAUGACGACUUCCAUCAGGCCAACUUCAAGGGUGCUUCAAUCAACAAAGGUGGCCCACGAGAGCCAUGGCACGACAUCCAUUGUAGAUUAGAAGGGCCAGCUGCUUGGGAUGUCUUGUAUAACUUUGAACAAAGAUGGAGGAAGCAAGGUGGUAAGAAUCUUCUUCUUGAUCUCCGAGAAAUGAACUCAAUAUUCAUUCCUCCUUCCCCUGUUACGUUCCCCGAUGAUCAAGAAACAUGGAAUGUUCAAGUGUUUCGUUCCAUAGAUGGUGGGGCCGCCUUUGGAUUCCCCGACUCCCCUGAAGAAGCUGCAGCAGCAGGACUAGUAAGUGGGAAAGACAGCGUGAUUGAUCGAAGCAUUCAAGAUGCUUACGUUAAUGCUAUAAGAAGGGCAAAGAGGUUUAUUUACAUCGAAAAUCAGUAUUUCAUAGGGAGUUCAUAUGAUUGGAAAGCAAAAGGCAUAACACCAGCUGAUAUUGAAGCUCUAAAUCUGAUCCCUAAAGAACUGUCCUUAAAGAUUGUUAGUAAGAUAGAAAAAGGGGAAAGGUUUACUGUGUAUGUAGUUUUGCCAAUGUGGCCUGAGGGAUUUCCUGAGAGUGGUACAGUGCAGGCUAUACUCGAUUGGCAGACGAGAACUAUGGAAAUGAUGUAUACUGAUGUAGUUCAGGCACUUAGAGCUCAAGGUAUCCAGGCUAACCCAAGGGACUACUUGUCGUUCUUUUGUUUAGGAAAUCGGGAGAUCAAGAAGCCUGGAGAAUAUGAGCCUUCAGAAAGGCCGGAACCUGACAGUGAUUAUAGCCGCGCACAGGAAGCUCGAAGGUUUAUGAUCUAUGUUCAUGCCAAGAUGAUGAUAGUUGAUGAUGAGUACAUAAUAGUUGGUUCAGCCAACAUAAACGAGAGGUCAAUGAACGGAGCCAGAGACUCAGAGAUAGCCAUGGGUGCCUACCAACCAUACCAUAUAACCCACAGAAACCAACCAGCAAGAGGUCAAAUUCAUGGCUUCAGAAUGUCACUUUGGUAUGAACAUUUAGGCAUGCUCGAUAACGUCUUCCUUCAGCCAGAAACUGAAGAAUGUAUUAGAAAAGUGAAUCAAAUGGCUCUUAAGUACUGGGAUUUAUACACUUCUGAAACUUUACAGCACGAUCUUCCAGGACAUUUGCUUAGGUAUCCCAUUGAAAUUACUGAAGAAGGAGAAGUUGUUGGGCUUCCUGGAUCUGAAUAUUUCCCAGAUACUAAAGCUAGAGUUAUUGGUGCUAAAAGUGAUGCUCUCCCUCCAAUCCUCACCACUUAGUUAUUAUUAUCAUCACUUUCUAUGGAUAAGUGUGGAGUAUAAUAAUGCAAUGAUGUUUUAGGCUGUUUAAUUAUUUUAUAUUUUGCGCAAUCUUAGAGCCUAAAAACAAGUAUUUAAACUAAAAUAAAGGUAAGGUAAAAUUAUAUAUUUAGUUUGCUUCUUAUUAUUUCCAUUUGAUAUAUCUUGGAUUUAAGGCUUGUGUUAAUUUGAAAGACAUGUGGAUGUAAUGCAUGAUGAGAAUAGUGUUCUAUUGCUGAAUAAUAAUAUGUUGGAUUGGCUAGUCUACUUAUA